UGACACAUACUAGUGUUCUUCACCUGUGUCUUAACUUCAAUAUGUGUCUGUACAGCUUUGGACCCUGUGAAUUUAGAGUGGGAUUGUGGCAGGGCGUGGCCUGCGGUGCCGCGCAGGGAAGGCGGACGCACCUGCACGGCAUCUGCAAUCACGCCCCGCCGACUUAAAUAUUGUAAUGGGUCCUGUGUUUGUGGUUGUUGUGAUCAUGUUGAGCGGGCAGCGGGAGAGCUGCAGCUCUGUGUGCGUUGUGAACAGCAACCGUGUGAGUCAAUAAAGGAUGCAAAGCAUGUUAAUGUCACCGGGUCUGCCGUGGUCAUUUACAGGGAUAUAUUUGUUUUUAACCUUAAAAUUUUAGAUGAGCUGCUAUCUGCUUCACAGAACAAACCUUUUGGUCCAUUAACCUGCUGUUUAUAGAAUCUGUAACAGUUUGUUUUCGUCACGCAUUUUCUUCAUGAGCUUCCAUGUUUGCAAAAAACACUAAAAAGAGCUUACAAUGGUUUCACAUCUCCUUUGUGCAAAACUUGCACAUUGCCUUACUGUCAUUCACGUUUCUACCUACUUCCACAUUUUCAUGUCUUCUACUCUUCUUCUUCAGCUGUACUAAGUUACAGUUCCUCGUAUUUGUCUUUAAUUGGCACUGGGGUAAGUGAAAAUGAAAUCUGCAUUUCUUCUUUUUUGUGUUCCUCAUUAUCAGACUGCUGACUUUAAGACUGAUAGUUAAUCCCUGCACACCUAAAGAGAUCACAUCAAUAAAGCACGAAAAAAGAAGCCUUGAAGUGUAAUUCCUGACUUCACCUGAUUUAAAACAACAUCACUGAGAUAUCACCAUGUCAGGAUAUAAUGACACAGAAGACUAUUACGGAUAUUACAGCAAUUACAGUGAUUAUGAUUAUGGAGACUAUGCUCCAGUCAACUCCACCGAUGUACAGGAAUUCAGCCAAGUGUUUCUUGCCAUUCUCUACAGUUUGGUUUUCAUCCUGGGAUUUAUAGGUAAUGGACUAGUGGUGUAUGUUGUGGUGAAGCAUCGCAAUCAGAGCAACUUGACAGACAUCUGCCUCUUCAACCUGGCUCUCUCUGACCUCCUCUUCGUCUUCACGCUGCCUUUCUACUCUCAUUAUGCCAGGGUUGGCCAGUGGACUUUUGGAGACUUCAUGUGCCGUUUAGUCUCCGGCUCUCACCAGACUGGCUUCUUCAGCAGCAUCUUCUUCAUGGUUGUCAUGACGCUGGACCACUACAUGAUCGUCAUGCACGCUCACAGGGUCGCAUGUUACCGCACAAUGAGGGCAGCAAUCAUUCUGACCGUGCUCAUUUGGAUGCUGAGCUUGUUUGUCUCUCUGCCAGAUUUUAUCUUCACACAGGAAAUAAAGGAAGAGCCUCAGAACAUUAGAUGUAACUAUCCUGAGGAGAGCAAAAUCUGGGAGCGUUACAACCUGUUUACCACAAAUGUGCUGGGUCUCGUGAUUCCCUUGCUGGUGAUGGUCCCCACACUGAUGAGCAUGAGGACCGCAAAGAAGCACCGCAUCGUCAAGCUGAUCAUCUGUAUAGUGGUUGCAUUUUUCUUGCUCUGGACUCCAUAUAACAUUUCCCGUUUCUUGAAGUUUCUUCAGGAAAAAGGCAAAAUCCCACGUAAUGACACCUGGGAUAAAAAUUUAAGGCUGUCAGUGGUAGUAACUGAGGCCUUUGCUUACACUCACUGCUGCCUGAAUCCCAUCAUAUACGCUUUUGUGAGAGAGAAGUUUGUGGAAAUAGCCUUGCAGCUGCUGAAAUAGUUGGUGCCAGGUUACAGCAGCUCAUUCAGGAGAAGUAAGGGUCGCAUUUUAACCCUUUAAAACCGGUCGGAGCGGGCACGCUCUGUUUUGCGUAACUAUUUUUAAAUCCCGGUAGCACUGCAACCACGUGAGCUAGCGCAAUAAUUUUUUUUGCAUAUGAAACCGGA